AUGCAUAUCCAGUCAAUUCCCAUGUGGGAGGGAAGCUCCAACAACUACGCUUACCUGGUAGUUGACGAUAAGUCCAAGGACGCCGUCAUCGUUGAUCCCGCAAACCCUCCCGAGGUUGCGCCUAUCCUAAAGGAGGCUAUCAAGGCGGGGAAGAUCAACUUGACAGCCAUUCUUGCUGAGCUGGACAACCCCAAGAUAGACAUAAUUGGCGGCAAAGACUGCGAUGGUGUUACGAAGACACCAGGUCACGGCGAGACCUUCAAGCUCGGCGACAUCACCUUCAAGGGUGUGCAUACACCUUGCCACACUCAGGACAGCAUCUGCUUCUUUGUGGAAGACGGAAAGGACAAAGCUGUCUUCACGGGUGAUACCCUUUUCAUUGGCGGAUGUGGAAGAUUCUUCGAGGGCAAUGCGGAGGAGAUGCACGAGGCUUUGAACAAGCGUCUUGCGGCGUUGCCUGAUGACACUGUGGUUUAUCCGGGACAUGAGUAUACCAAGGCCAAUGUCAAGUUUGCCGCAUCUGUUUCUCAGCGCGAUGCUGUCCAGAAGCUCCACUCCUUCGCCGAGAACAAUAAGGUCACCACUGGCAAGUUUACCAUCGGAGACGAAAAGGAUCCCGAGAUUCAGAAGCAGACAGGCGAGACGGAGCCUGUGGCAGUUAUGGCCAAGUUACGCGAAAUGAAGAACAACUUCAAGUGA